CAUUCUUUCAAAGAAACAAAACACACUAGUAAGAAAAACAAUGAGGUCUCUAAUGGCCUCCUCAGCUUCUCUUAUUAUUGCAUUAGCCAUACUCUUCCUCAGUUUCCCAUAUGAAAUUUCAGCAAAAGACUAUUCUUACUCCUCACCGCCACCACCAAAGGAUCCAUACCAUUACUCAUCUCCUCCACCUCCACCAGUUCACACCUACCCUCCUCAUCCACACCCAAUCUACCGCGAUCCACCACCACCGGUUCACACCUACCCUCCUCAUCCACACCCAAUCUACCGCGAUCCACCACCACCGGUUCACACCUACCCUCCCCAGCACCCAGUCUACCACUCUCCUCCACCACCAACACCGCACAAGAAGCCAUACAAGUAUCCAUCUCCUCCACCACCACCAGUGCACACCUACCCUCAUCCUCACCCUGUCUACCAUUCCCCACCACCACCACACAAGAAGCCAUACAAGUACUCAUCUCCCCCACCACCACCAGUUCACACCUACCCUCACCCACACCCAGUCUACCACUCUCCACCACCACCAACACCUCACAAGAAACCAUACAAGUAUCCAUCAUCACCACCACCACCAGUUCACACCUAUCCACCUCAUGUUCCCCAUCCAGUUUACCAUUCUCCUCCUCCACCAGUCUCUUCCCCACCUCCACCAGCCUAUUACUACAAAUCACCUCCUCCACCUUACCACCACUAGAUAGCUUAUCAUUGGCAUCACACUAUAUGGAUCUAAGCAGAAAGUGUGAAGGCAAAGAAAGCCAUGAACAAAGAAGAUCGAGGGGAUUCUUCACAAAUAUAUUCCGUCAGUCAUUGGUUAAUAUUGUUUAGAGGGUUGCUUUUAUUUAUUUAAUUUGUGUUUUUGUUGAAUUAGCCACAGCUAGAAGGCACUGCCUCUAUAUGCAUGCGUCUGCAGUUGUUUGCGUGAAUUGUAAUUUUCAAAGUUUGGUUUUGUAUCAAGCAGACUGACAAGCUAAAUAAAUAUUUAUUCCCUAUUAUAGUAAUCUGCCUCUUGCAUCU